UUUUGGGUGUAAAAAAUUCCGGCGUGAGUAUAUGAAUAAUAAAGACUGCAUUUUACGUCUAUAUACCUUUCUCUUCCAUUCUGUGUUUGCCUGUUGUUUAUAUUCCCUUGCCCGUCGUUGUCGUCGUCGUCGCCGUCGCCGUCUCCAGCUACCUGUCAUGACCUUGAACCAAGUCGUACCAGCCCGUCGCCGCCGCCAUUCCGGAGUCGGUCACCGUGACCUGUCUCACUUGGUCAAUCCCGAUGAACUUGAUCCACCACCACGACCUAAAUCCAGCCCUGUCGAACGCCCACUGCAACGUCGACGCCAGAAAAGCCCUGUUCAUAGCUCAGAAUCUGAACCAGAAGAAGAGGCGCACGAUAUGCAGAUCGACGAGGAUGGGAGCGACAGCAGUGUUGGUGGAAUCACCAUUUUGAAAAGGGCGGCGACGACGACGGAUAGGCCUACUCGACCGCUUCCUGUGUCAAAGGCGAAAAAGAUAGCUGCACCGACACCGCUCAAAGCAGAGCCCUUCGUGCCCAACCCCAACCCGCUGAUGCUCCCUGUGCAGGCACAUGUGCCCAAGGGUGUAGCAGCAGCGUCUCAACGGCGUCUUUUCGUCGUGUUGGAGCAGGCCUGCUUGGAGGCCUUACCACAUGGCAAGGGAGGAGAGGGCGAUGGUAUCCUCGCCAAGACGGGAAGGGAUAUCGCAGAUGCCAGGCCUGAUAUUACUCACCAGUGCCUGUUGACUCUACUGGACUCGCCCUUGAACAAAGCUGGCCUUCUUCAAGUGUAUAUCCAUACUGCGAAAGGCGUACUCAUCGAAGUCAAUCCGCAUGUCAGGAUACCGAGGACGUUCAAGCGGUUCAGUGGGCUGAUGGUCCAACUCCUCCACAAGUUAUUUAUUCAGAAGCUGUUAAAGGUCAUCAAAAACCCCGUUGUCGACCACUUCCCACCCAACACUAUUAAACUGACGCUGUCUGGCGAUGCCAAGACGCAGCGCCUUUCGCAAUACCUACCGACACUACCUCAAACACAUAACAUUGCCGUUUUCGUGGGCGCUAUGGCCCGUGGAAGAGACGACUUUGCGGAUGCCUACGUUGACGAAAAGAUCAGUAUCAGCGAGUACCCAUUGAGUGCUAGUGUUGCUUGCGGCAAGUUUUGCUGCGCACUCGAAGAACUCUGGGACAUCGUCUGACCACUCUCCAUCUAUUAAUUGUUACUUACUUUGUUACCUGCACUCACUCACUCGCUCAUUUUAUCAUGAUUUUGGCUUUGACUUCAGCAACGAUUGUAUCCCUACAUUCUGCAUUUCAACUCGCAGACAAAAUGUACUUUUACACUCCCUUGACACCCUGAUCCUAUCUCACACGUACCGAACUCCCCCUUGGCUUCAUACCUAUCCGCGCUUUUCUCCCUGUUACAGAUAUCGGCUUUGGCUAGUGACUCAACUCACUGCUUGUACAAGUCCGUUCUUUGGGAUACAUAUAAUAUAGUUCUGCUAGUUUACGAAUAUAGUCCUCGAGCAAGAUGUUCAAGU